AUGGUCAGACAGAUCCUCAAAGUUGCCAACUUCAGAACUGUGUCCCGCUGUUGGGUUCCAGCACAGAUCCAGUCCCAGCAGCCGAUGCUGAGAUUCUUCUCUUCAAGACAGAGAUGUAUCAACUUCAACAAUGUUAAUGAGCACGACAAUGGCGUGAACUUGAUUUCCAACGAUGAUGUCUUUGCUAGCGAGGAGGUGAAGCACCAGAACGAGGCUCCAUUCGAGCCCACUGUGUUUUCCUCUGAGGAUGUCUUCACUGCUGGUCCAGUGAACAAGGCAGACAGAUUGUUGAUUGUAGCUUGUGCUCGGGUGACCGGCUCGGACGACCGGAUGAGCAAACCUCACCCCACCAUAACCACCCCAGCUUUGCCCCAGAGCCAGUUCCAGUAG